GUCAUCCCCACAACCAAUAAGGGCCUGAUGAGCUCAAGUAUCACUAUAGCACAAGGACUUAUUCUCUGAGCCGAGCCUGCAGAUUCUUACAGACCUUCCUUUUCAUCGUUGGAGGAGCUGCUCUCUCCCUCUGAGGUGUGAAGUCUGCUGUCGCCAUGUCUGACACUGAGGAAGUGGAUCAAUAUGAGGAGGAGGAAGCCCAGGAGGAGCUAGUAGAAGUAGAAGUAGCCCCUGAGGCAGAACCAGAGGUAGAGCCUGAACCAGAACCAGAACCAGAGCCAGAGCCAGAGCCUGAGCCACGGGAGUUGGUGCAGCAGGAGGAAGAGGCCUAUGAAGAGGAAGACGAGGGAGAUCAAGAUGAGGAGAAGCCCAGGUUCAAACCUUCUGCUCCAAAGAUCCCUGAUGGAGAAAAAGUGGACUUUGACGACAUCCAGAAGAAGCGUCAGAAUAAGGACCUGGUUGAGCUGCAGUCCCUGAUCGAUGCUCACUUUGAGUGCAGGAAGAAGGAGGAGGAGGAACUCAUUGCUCUGAAAGACCGUAUUGAGAAACGUCGAGCUGAGCGGGCUGAGCAGCAGAGGAUUCGUGCUGAGAAAGACAAAGAGAGGCAGGCCAGAAGGGAGGCUGAGCGUCAGAGGAAGGAGGAGGCCGACGCCCAGAGGAAGGCUGAUGAUGAUGCCAAGAAGAAGAUUGCCCUGACCAACAUGGGAUCAGGCUACAGCAGUCACCUGCAGAGGAUUGAUGCCAAGAGAGGCAAGAAGCAAACUGAGAGAGAAAAGAAGAAGAAGGUUCUGGCUGAGAGAAUCAAACCUCUGAGCAUUCAGGAUCUCAGUGAUGAUAAGCUGAGGGAAAAGGCAAAGGAUCUGUGGGAGUGGCUGCACAGCCUAGAGGCCAUUAAGUAUGAUCACUGUGAGAAGCUGAAGAGACAGAGAUAUGAGGUCAUCUCUCUCAGAAACCGUAUUGAUGAGCUGCAGAAACACAGCAAGAAGGGAGCUGCCAGUCGUCGCAGGAAGUAGUUCAGCUGCUUGAUUGUCAACAUGGACUCGUGGUGCCUUAUUAUGGGAGCAGCUCAAACUUUGGUGACUCUCACACUUCCAUGCCUCAAGUCAAUGUCUGGA